UUGUUGCGUAGGCGAGCUUUCUAGAGAGAGAAAAAGAGAAGAGCAUUAUGGGAAGCAGCUUUCUCUCUCCACCAGCUAAGCGUUCCUUAUCCGACCCGAACUCGUAUAUUCCAGAUGAAUCUUCCAAGCGCUCCAGGUCGUUCAAGCCUCCUCCGCCGCCCCUCACCAUGUCCCCCGGCCACGUGGCAUUUCGCCUCCUCUGCAAUGCCUCUCGAAUCGGUGGUGUAAUCGGCAAGUCCGGCGGCGUCAUCAAAAGCCUUCAGCAAUCCACCGGCGCCAAGAUCCGAGUAGAGGACGCCCCGCCCGAUUCGCCGGACCGGGUCAUCCUGGUCAUUGCUGCCGGUGCUCUCAGUGGAAAGAUUGUGUUAAGAAGCCACCCGGACGAGCAGAAUGGCAACGACGGCGGCGGCGAGGCCUUUGAGGUCUCGAACGCACAGGAAGCGCUGUUGAAGGUGUUCGAUAGGAUCCUCUAUGUGGCGGCGGAGACGGAAGGCAUUGAAUUUGGGGACAGGGUGGUGUCUUGCAGGCUGGUUGCAGAUGCAGCACAGGUUGGUUCUGUUAUUGGCAAGGGAGGGAAGGUGGUGAAGAAGAUCAGGAAGGACACUGGAUGUAAAAUUAGGGUUUUCACUGACAAUUUGCCGGCUUGUAUCUCCUCUUCCGACGAAAUGAUUGAGAUAGAAGGCAAUGUGUCAUCAGUAAAGAAGGCACUUGUUGCGGUCUCUCGCCGUCUUCAAGAUUGUCCUCCUGCUGAUAGAACAAAGAUGAUGGGAAGCAAACCUUAUGAAGUGGUUCAGCAUGAAGCUGUAGCUGCAGUUCCUCGUGAGACUUUAACUGCAGUUCAACAUGAGCCAUUAACUGCAGUUCCACACCAGACGCUAACUGAUCUGCGUGUAGAUCAUCUUCUGCAGAGGUGCUCUGCACUAUCCAAUUUAUCCAGUAGCUCUAACAGCUAUUCCACUGGAGCUCAUUCAUUGUCAGAAGAAGUUAAUAGAGUCUCAUCCCUGGAACCAAAAUCACUUCAUCAGGAAGUAACAUUUAGAAUUCUUUGUCCAAAUGAUAGAGUUGGAGGUGUUAUUGGAAAGGGUGGCAAUAUUGUUAAAGCUCUUCAGAGUGAGACAGGGGCUACUAUAAGUAUUGGUCCGGCAGUAGCUGAGUGUGAGGAUCGAUUAAUUACUAUUACUGCUUCAGAGAAUCCUGAGUCAAGAUAUUCCCCAGCACAGAAGGCUGUUGUGCUUGUUUACUCCAGGUCUGUUGAGGCUGGUAUUGAGAACGGGAUAGACUCUGGAUUAAAUAAGUGGUCACCUGUUGCUGCACGACUCUUAGUCCCAUCAAACCAAGUUGGUUGUUUGUUAGGAAAAGGUGGAAUAAUAGUGUCAGAAAUGCGAAAGGAAACAGGGGCUAGCAUAAGAAUAAUUGGGACUGAUCAGGUUCCAAAAUGUGCAUCAGAAAAUGAUCAAGUGGUACAGAUAUCAGGAGAGUUUUCAAAUGUGCAAGAUGCAUUGUAUAAUGCAACUGGUAGACUGCGACAUCAUCUUUUUGUCAGCACACAGAACAGUGCUGGAACAAGGAGCCUUUCCUCUGUACUAGCUGAUACCAGUCCAUAUGGCAGACUGAGGGAUGCCGUUUCUCUUGGAGCCCAACAAGCCGUCGGUGUUUCUCAUAGUCUCAGUAGACAUAGUUUUGCUCAAAGCAUUGAGCAUCGUGCUCUUUCUAGAAAUUUAGAUCUUCCUUCUUCACCAGGGUUAUGGACGUCACCGAAAGUGGCUGGGAUAAAUUCAAGAGGCAUUAAUGAUGGUAGUUGGGGAUUGUCAUCUCGAAAAGGCGGUCUAGAACUUGUCAGUGGAAGUAAAUCUGCUAUUGUGACAAAUACAACUGUAGAGAUUGUGGUUCCUUAUGAUACUUUUGACUCUGUAUAUGGAGAAAAUGGUAGCAAUCUGGCUCGUCUGAGACAGGUUUCAGGUGCCCAGGUAAUUGUCCGUGAACCUCGUCCUGGAACAAGUGACAGGACUAUUGUCAUAUCCGGUUCACCUGAUGAAACCCAAGCAGCGCAGAGCCUUCUCCAAGCAUUUAUUCUAAGUGGAUCAUGACAAUGUCCCCUCACCCAUGUCCCCAUUAUUUUCCCGUAGAUCUUUUUUAGUUUGUUAAACUGUAUUGUUUUCUGUUUUCCUUUUUGUCCCCACCUGAAAUCUUGUAACAUCGAGGCAUUGUAUUUUACCCAACCAGUCAUCUUGGCUUAAUUAAUUCCUCUUGGGCUGUCCACUGGACGUUAGCGUAGUGAUUUGAGGUCAAUCGCUUGAUUCUUUAGGGAGUGUUUGGUAUAGGUUUUCUAUUUAGAUACCUAGGAAACUUCAAGUGGUAUACCAUGUUUGGUACAAGAGUUCCACAAAUUUAACCAGCGAAAUUGUUUACCCAGGCAUGAUGAAUCGUUUGCAAAAAUUGAUGUAAAAUACUGUUCCAAAACACUAGAAGGAGGGUGAUAUUUCUGGUUUAGAUGGGAAAGGAAGAAAAGUUUAUUGGUCUUAUACCCGAUUGGUCCUCUUUUGCACAGGCUUUGGUCCUCUUUUGCACAGGCUUUGCAACGUCGAUUUGAACCUUCGGAGUUUGAUGACCCUGCCGCAUCUCUAUCUAAACUGAUGCAA